AUGCCGGGACGUUUGCUUAGCUGGCCGGAUUGGCCCGAGUUCACGGCCGCGAAGGCUGAGCCCGGCGACGACCCAGUCGGGUACAAAAGAACGCUCGCCGAGAAAUAUGGCAAGGAGAACAUCAUCAAGAGCUGGCUCAAGCUAUGCCAGGAGCUGGAAUCCGUGACGGAUCGUAUCACCGAGCACGGAAGUUCCGCCAUCCCCGAGGUCACGUUUGAAGAAGUCUUCGACCUGUCGCCGGAAAGAAGGCAGGCCUUGAAGGGACGCUGGCCCGCAGAGACGCCCUUCAUCCUCAACCUCUACUAUUCUCCCACGCAGAUGGCCGCCCGCUCGCGUUUAAAGCAGCUCAAACUCAGCAAAGAGCUCAACUCGUGUCGGCACGACAAGCCAGGGUCGUCUUACUCGCUUGAGUCCCUGUCGUAUGCGGAUGGGAUUCGAAUUCGACCUCCCGGCGUGACCUUUCGCGGGCUCGGCCCACAUGUAGACGCAAGGAGUCUGUGCCGCUGGGCUGAUCCCACCUAUCAGUCCGUCUGUUCCGCCGUCUUUUCAGGGCACCUCGAGUCACUGGCCAACUGUGACUUGAGCGCUCGCCAACACGCCAACCAAGCAAUGUUCCCAGGCAGCGCCCAUUCACGCGUUUUCAGGGUUUUCCAGGGCUGGACAGCUCUGACAUUUGCCGGGCUGGGCGAAGGCAGUCUGAUGCUUUAUCCCAACGUCAUAUGGACCGUCGCGUAUUUGUUGCUGCCGCCUUUUUUCCGAGCUCCAGAGGCCGAGGCAGAUGUCAUGGACGUCAGCAAAUGGAGCUUUGACGUCGAGGACCCGUGGUUCCCGGGCACCUUCAGGGACGAUAGCCAGCUGUUGAGUCCCACAUCGCACCCGCACCUUUGGCUUCGGGAAUAG